AGGAGGUUUUUGUGCCGAUCUUUACGACAUUGUCGUAUUCGCUGGGUCCCGGCCAUAAAGCAGGCUCGAGUCGGCCAGGCAGAGGCCGCGGACCGAGCUGCCAUGGCGGACAUGGAGGAUCUUUUCGGGAGCGAAGCGGAGAGCGAGGCGGAGCGCAAAGAUUCUGAUUCCGGGUCUGACUCAGACUCUGACCAGGAGAACGGUGCCUCUGGCAGUAAUGCUUCCGGCAGCGAGAGCGACCAGGAUGAGAGAGGUGAGUCAGGACAGCCCAGUAACAAGGAACUGUUUGGCGACGACAGUGAGGAGGAGGGAGCCUCCCAUCACAGCGGCAGCGACAAUCACUCUGAACGAUCAGACAACAGGUCAGAGGCUUCCGAGCGAUCUGACCAUGAGGAUAAUGAGCCCUCUGACGGAGAGCAGCACAGUGGCUCCGAGGCCCACAACGAUGAGGAUGAGGAGGGUCACAGAUCAGAUGAGGGGAGCCACCACUCAGAAGCAGAAGGUUCAGAGAAAGCACAGUCGGACGAUGAGAAGUGGGACAGGGAAGAUAAGAGUGACCAGUCCGACGAUGAAAAGAUGCAGAACUCUGACGACGAGGAGCGGGAGCCAGGGUCUGAUGACGACAAGCUGCAGAACUCCGACGAUGACGAGGAGAAGAUGCAGAACACAGAUGAUGAGGACCGGGCCCAGCUUUCUGACGAUGACAGACAGCAGAUGUCUGAGGACGAAAAGGGGAAUUCUGAUGACGAGCAUCCUGCAGCUUCUGAUAAUGAUGAUGAGAAGCAGAAUUCGGACGAUGAGGACCGGCCACAGGUGUCCGAUGAGGAGAAAAUGCAAAACUCUGAUGACGAAAGGCCACAGGUCUCAGAUGAAGACCGGAGGCAUUCAGAUGACGAGGAGGAGCAGGACCAGAAGUCAGAAUCUGCAAGAGGUAGUGAUAGUGAAGAUGAAGUUUUACGAAUGAAGCGCAAGAAUGCAAUUCCGUCUGACUCGGAAGCGGAUAGCGACACUGAGGUGCCCAAAGACAAUGGUGGAACCACGGAUCUGUUUGGAGGUGCUGACGACAUAUCUUCAGGGAGCGAUGGAGAAGAUAAACCCCCUACUCCGGGACAGCCUGUGGAUGAAAACGGCUUGCCUCAGGAUCAGCAGGAGGAGGAGCCAAUACCUGAGACAAGAAUAGAAGUAGAAAUCCCCAAAGUAAACACUGACUUAGGAAACGACUUAUAUUUUGUUAAACUGCCCAACUUCCUCAGUGUAGAGCCCAGGCCUUUUGAUCCUCAGUAUUAUGAAGAUGAAUUUGAAGAUGAAGAGAUGCUGGAUGAAGAAGGGAGAACCAGGUUGAAACUGAAGGUAGAAAAUACAAUAAGAUGGAGGGUGCGCCGAGACGAUGACGGGAAUGAAAUUAAAGAAAGCAACGCUCGGAUCGUCAAGUGGUCAGAUGGAAGCAUGUCCCUGCAUUUAGGGAAUGAAGUGUUUGAUGUGUACAAAGCCCCACUGCAGGGAGACCACAACCAUCUGUUCAUAAGACAAGGGACUGGGCUGCAGGGGCAGGCUGUCUUUAAAACGAAGCUCACCUUCAGGCCUCACUCUACAGACAGUGCGACACACAGGAAGAUGACUCUGUCACUUGCAGAUAGAUGUUCAAAGACACAGAAGAUUAGAAUCUUACCGAUGGCUGGUCGUGACCCUGAGUGCCAGCGCACAGAGAUGAUUAAGAAAGAAGAAGAACGCCUGAGGGCCUCCAUCAGGAGGGAGUCGCAGCAGCGCCGCAUGAGAGAGAAGCAGCACCAGCGGGGCCUGAGCGCCAGCUACCUGGAGCCUGACCGAUAUGACGAGGAGGAGGAAGGCGAGGAGUCCAUCAGCCUGGCAGCCAUUAAAAACCGAUACAAAGGGGGCAUUCGAGAGGAACGCGCUAGAAUCUACUCCUCGGACAGUGAUGAGGGCUCGGAAGAAGACAAGGCUCAAAGACUGCUCAAAGCAAAGAAACUCAACAGUGAUGAGCUCAGGUCGUGCCAGUGGGUGACAAGGACUGAGAGGAGCCUCCUGCUCCACUUUGUACAACCACCUCUCCAUACCCCCAAAUUCCAAGAACCUGGCUGUGCAUCUAAGAUGUGGGGGAGCUUUUGGAUGUCAGGAUACCCAUAUGAGGAGCCCAUGCUAUGCCAGAACCGGCUUUGAGGGUAAGGGCAAGUCUAGAUUACCCAGACAUGGUGGUUCAUACCCAUAGCCCCAAGAUUUGGGAGGCUGAAGUAGGAGGCUACAUAGUGAGUUCCAGGCCAGCUGUGCUAUGGAGUGAGACCCUGUCUCAAAAAACAAAUGGAAAAGAAAAGAUGAUCAUCAGCUGCAUCGUUGAUUUGGUUGCUGCCCAUACUUGCCAGUUCCCAUUGCAUGCCUUGGGGCAAGUCGGCUCACUUCUCUUGUUCUUCUGUUGAGGCUUAUGCUUCUGCCUGGGAAAGUUACUGUAUGUAGUAAAUACAGAUAGGAGUGUGGGAACAAAGUGACAUCUAGCUCAGCAGGAAAUGCUGCCUUUCCUUUCCCAGCCCAAAUGGAGAGCAAUGCAAAGGAGAGUACCUUAUCCAGCUACUUCAUUUUACAGCCUGUAAAACACUUCCUUUUCUUCCUUCAAAGACAGUGAGACAAGGUGUGUGUGUGUGUGUGUGUGUGUGUGUGUGGUGGGGCACUCUCUGUCAGCUCUCUGUCCCCAGGCUAAGAAAGGGAAACACUGGGUUCAAGGAUUGACAUGGAAGGCAAAGGCUCAUGUGAGAAGUCAAACCUCUUUCUCACAACAGGCUGCUUGCUGAGAAGGGUUAGUACAAGGGCCUGGUCUUCUCUCCCCUCUUCUGCGGCUCCUUUCUGGAAACCACAGCAGCCCUGCCUAUGUCAUCACCUGUGAGCUGUCCAUGUGUGUAGGAACCUGUGUUCAUGACUACAUUAUCCAGCAUCAGUUCAGUCUUAAUGUUCUGUUGCUUCACGGAUUUUUGGCACAGGGAUGUAUACUUCAGCUUGUUUCUAAAAUAGUUCUGCACGUCUAGUUUCUUGAAACAAGGUCAUCCUGAAGGCUCCAUUGUAGAUGGAGGGGGUGGUUCCUGUGCUGUGCUUGCUUGCAGCUUCUGGGGAGUCAGUCUUGGCAGGCUUUCCACCAGUGUUUGCCCUGAACUGGACCUGGCGCUGUUUGUAUAUAGACUUCCUUGGGAGAGCCUGACCUCGGGCUGUUGCUAGACCUUGUCCAAGAGGUUUUAGAAAAAUGUUAUACAUGUUGAGAAGUAACACGGCAGUUCUUUGAACCACUCAAAUCUAGUCUCUAACAAUAAGGAAUUUAGAGCUAGCACCGAACACUGCUUAUGUGCUGGUAUGUAAUGUGUUUGCAAGAUUCUGCAGUGGAGCAAAGUCAGUGCUGCCUUUGCUGACGGGGCCAGAGAGGAUUUCAGUUUGCUCUUGGCUGGGGAGUGGGGAAGGAGGUCACAUCCUGGGGACAAGAUCCUUCCGGCAAUUGGGUCACUUUACUGCCACCAGCUAGGAUGUAUACAGAGGAGGACUUUCAUGUCCUUUAUGGGUUCAUAAGUUUCUCGAGCCCUCUGGUGGCACUCCCAGUCUGUAAGAAUACAUUUGGGAUAAAAAGACAAGAAACAAGUGUUGGCUGUCAUUUUGUUAUCAGAGGCCCAGCCAAGGAGAUCACAAAAAACGUGGGAAUGCCAGGUUGCAUUUUGCAUCUCGAAACAUUCUUUGGCCUUGUAUGACUAGCUUUCAAGCCGUUUGUCUGUCCACUACACUUGAUUUUGUGGUGCUAGUAACUGGGCCAGGGUCUCUCUCAUCCUAAGCAAGCAGCCUGCCUCUGGGCUGUGUAAUCCAGCGUCAUCAAUUCUUUAUCUCUGGUGAGGAGUUGGUUUGUGGGAAUUCUGAAGGGUCAGUCAACAGCAGAGUUUAUUGAAGGAGUGCUGGCUUAAAUGUGAGGCUGAACUCUUUCUGUCCAAGUUAUUUCUUGGAAAGCUUCCCGAGUUCUGUUCCUAGUAGAGGGCUGUGCAGGAUGAUUUCAGUUGUGCUAAUAGAUUCUGUGCUUGUAUAUAGUUCUCUGAUGUCUUUAAAUACUUCUCAGAAACCUUUACGAUGUGGGUUUUUAAUAUAUCCAAGCAAAUUAUUUUUGAAAAAUUGACACUGCAAUAAUGAAUUCUACAUAGGGAAAAUAAGUUGAGUGCUGAGAAAGGAGAGAUACUGUUGAUGAAAUACUUGAUCAUGGGGAAAUGCUCCCGUAGGACAAGUGAAUCUUCAUUCUUUCGUGAUUAGAUUAAGACGCCGUGUGUCUGUGUGUGUGUGUGUGUGUGUGUGUGUGUGCAGUGCCUGCUGAGUCAUCUUACUGGCCAAGGUGAACUGUCUUUGAGUCCUAACCUUUUCUAGGGUGGACCUCAUUGCCCAUCUCCCUGUACAAGACAAUCUGCUGGGCUUGAAUUCUGCAAAGCUGUCUUAUUGUUUGUUUAAGAGAAUCCCAUUUGUAGACCUGACUGGGGUGGAACUCACUAUGUAGAACAAGCUUGUCUGCACCUCACAGAGAUCUGCCUGCCUCUGCUUCCCAAGUGCUGGAAUCAAGUGUGCACCACCAUGCCCUGCUUGGUUUUUUCGUUUUUGGUAAAAAUUUGGCCGGGGGCCAUGUUUUUCUUCCUGUAUCAUUCCAAUUUUUAGUACAUGUGCUGCCAAAGCGAGCACCUGCAAGAUUUUUUAUAAGUUACUUUAGUGGAUAAUCAUUCACUCAGAUAAACUGCCAUAGGAAUGUUCUCUUUUGACUUUGAGGCUAUAAACUGUUUUA